CCGCCCCCGCCCCUUCCACUUCGCGGGAGAAGUUGUUGGCGCCAAUGGAUCCCGAGCCCCGCUAACGGAUUGCCUAGCCCGCUGUCCUGUCCGUGUGCUCCUUGCUCCUGGGGCUGCGAUGGACAUUCGGAAAUUCUUCGGAGUUGUACCAAGUGGAAAGAAGCUUGUAAGUGAAACAGUGAAGAAGAAUGAGAAAACGAAGUCUGCUGAAGAAACUUUGAAAGCAAAGAAAGGAAUAAAGGAAAUUAAGGUAAAUAGCUCUUAUAAAGAGGAUGCCUCCAAACAAAAACAACCGAGCAAGAAAAAGAGGAUCAUCUAUGAUUCAGAUUCAGAGGCAGAGGAGACAGUGCAGGUGAAAAAUGCCAAAAAGCAAUCAGAAAAACUGCCAUUGUCAAAACCUGGUAAAAUUUUACGACAGGAUCCUGUUACCUACAUUUCAGAGACAGAUGAAGAUGAUGACUUUAUGUGUAAGAAGACAGCGUCUAAAGCAAAGGAGAAUGGAGGGUCUGCACAUACUUACCUUGGAACAUCCAGCGUGAAGAAGAGUGAAGAAAACACGAAGAACAAGAACAAGCCUUUAUCGCCAAUAAAGCUCACACCCACCUCCGUGCUGGAUUAUUUUGGAACUGGAAGUGUCCAGAGAUCAGAUAAGAAGAUGGUGGCGAGCAAAAGAAAAGAGCUGGAGAGGCAGUUGCAUGAAGAUGAGGACUUUGCCAGAACACUGGCCAUGCUGGAUGAGGAACCCACGACCAAAAAGGCCCGAAUGGACGCUGAAGAGGGAGAAACAUUCUCAUCUGUCCAAGCCAACUUAAGUAAAGCAGAAAAACAUAAAUAUCCUCAAAAAGAAAAAUUUUCAAGCGAGAGGAAGAGCUACAGUCCUAGUAAGCAAACUAAGUGUGAAAGCUCAAAAGAAUCUCAACAACAUUCCAAGUCAUCAGCUAAGAAAAUAGGAGAACCCUCUUCUCCAAAGGCUAGUUCUAAACUAGCACUUAUGAAAACAAAAGAAGAGAGAGCUCAUAAAGAAGCAGAGCCCGUGCCCUCAAAAAGAAAAGAAAAUGCUGUUGAACUGAAAGGAGAAAAACGAACUCCUAAGAAAACCAGAAGUUCUCCAGCUAAAAAAGAGUCUGUAAGUCCAGAAGAUUCUGAAAAGAAGCGCACUAAUUAUCAGGCUUACCGAAGCUACUUGAAUCGAGAAGGUCCUAAAGCUCUGGGCUCCAAGGAAAUACCAAAGGGAGCCGAAAAUUGCUUGGAAGGCCUUACGUUUGUGAUCACAGGAGUUCUGGAGUCCAUUGAGCGAGAUGAAGCCAAGUCUCUAAUCGAACGUUACGGGGGGAAGGUAACAGGAAAUGUUAGCAAGAAAACAAACUACCUUGUCAUGGGUCGUGACAGCGGACAGUCCAAGAGUGACAAGGCAGCAGCUUUGGGGACAAAAAUUAUUGAUGAAGAUGGCCUGUUGAAUCUGAUCCGAACUAUGCCAGGCAAGAAGUCCAAGUAUGAAAUAGCAGUUGAAGCCGAGAUGGAGAAAGGAAAGUCCAAAUUGGAGAGAACACCCCCAAAAAAUAAUCAAGGAAAAAGAAAAAUUAGUCCAAACAAGAAGGAAUCAGAAUCUAAAAAGAGCAAGCAGACUCCGAAAAGGGACAGCUCUACAAAGACAAUAAAAAAGGAAACAGAGGUAACAAAUGUGUUUCGGAGAGGCCUGGACUUCAAGGAGCAGGUGGCCAAGGAAACAAACGGUGACAGCAGGCCUAGGGAGUUGGCUGGUGACGGCAGCGAAAGCAAAGUGGACAGUUUGCUCUGGGUGGAUAAAUAUAAGCCAACCUCACUCAAGACCGUAAUUGGACAGCAAGGCGACCAGAGCUGUGCCAAUAAACUGCUCCGCUGGCUCCGAAACUGGCACAGUUCUCCCGAUGAGAAGAAACAUGCAGCAAAGUUUGGUAAAUUUGCUGGCAAGGAUGAUGGCUCUAGUUAUAAAGCAGCGUUGCUUUCGGGCCCUCCAGGUGUUGGCAAGACUACCACAGCUUCUCUCGUGUGUCAGGAAUUGGGCUACAGCUAUGUGGAACUAAAUGCAAGUGACACCCGGAGUAAGAACAGUUUGAAGGCGAUGGUUGCCGAAUCACUGAAUAAUACCAGCAUCAAAGGUUUUUAUUCAAGCGGAGCAGCGCCCUCUGUGAGCCUGAAGCACGCUCUCAUCAUGGAUGAGGUGGACGGCAUGGCGGGCACAGAGGACAGGGGCGGGAUUCAGGAAUUAAUUGGCCUGAUAAAAUAUACUAAAAUUCCCAUUAUUUGUAUGUGCAAUGAUAGAAAUCAUCCCAAGAUUCGUUCUUUGGUUCAUCAUUGUUUUGAUCUUCGUUUUCAAAGACCUCGAGUUGAACAGAUUAAGGGUGCUAUGAUGUCUAUUGCAUUUAAAGAGGGUUUAAAGAUUCCCCCUCCAGCUAUGAAUGAAAUAAUUUUGGGAGCCAAUCAAGAUAUCAGACAGGUUUUACACAACCUGAGCAUGUGGUGUGCGCGAAGUAAGGCACUGACAUAUGACCAGGCCAAGGCUGACUCUGUUCGGGCCAAGAAGGAUAUCAAACUGGGCCCUUUUGAUGUUGCCCGGAAAGUGUUUGCAGCAGGAGAGGAGACUGCUCAUAUGUCACUGAUGGACAAAUCGGAUCUCUUUUUCCACGACUAUUCGAUCGCGCCCCUCUUUGUCCAGGAGAACUACCUCCAUGUGAAGCCUAUAGCUGCAGGGGGCGACAUGAAAAAGCACUUGAUGCUCUUAAGCCGAGCAGCGGACAGCAUCUGCGAUGGUGACCUGGUGGACAGCCAGAUCCGGAGCAGGCAGAAUUGGAGUCUCCUGCCCACACAGGCCAUUUAUGCCAGCGUUCUUCCUGGAGAGUUGAUGAGGGGGUACAUGACCCAGUUUCCCACCUUCCCGAGCUGGCUGGGGAAGCAUUCGUCAACAGGCAAACAUGACCGAAUCGUGCAGGACCUAGCAUUGCACAUGAGUCUUAGAACUUACUCCAGCAAAAGGACUGUGAACUUGGACUACCUCUCGCACGUAAGAGACGCACUUGUGCAGCCCUUGGCAUCGCAAGGGGUAGAAGGAGUGCAGGAUGUGGUUGCACUUAUGGACGCAUACUAUCUGACGAAAGACGACUUUGACAGUAUCAUGGAGAUUAGCAGCUGGGGCGGUAAACCCAGCCCCUUUUCCAGACUGGAUCCCAAGGUGAAAGCAGCCUUCACAAGAGCUUACAACAAGGAGGCCCACCUCACCCCAUAUUCACUUCAGGUAAUAAAGACUCCAAGAUCCAGUACAGGGCCAAUGCUGGAUUCCGAAUACGGCGAAGAGUUACACGAAGAUGACUUGCAGUCCGAUGAGAAGGACCAAGAUGCUAUAGAGACCGAUGCUAUGAUCAAGAAAAAGACAAAAUCUUCAAAGCCCCCCAAAGCAGAAAAAGAUAAGGAGUCCAAGAAAGGAAAAGGAAAAAGUGUGAAGAAAUGAAACUAUUUCCAGUACCAGCAGUUGCGCUUUGCUCACCCCUCUGCCCGGUCUCGCGGGCCUGGGGAGAGCCUUGUUUUUGCAGAGGAGCCACGUUGGGCAUAACAGGAGCAGCCUGGCACCCCCUGUACAGGGCGGUACAGCCAGCAGGGUAUCCCCGGAAGGCGCACGUGCACCUCUCACAGAGGCUGAUAGACGGCUCUGGUCUUCCACUGUCGCCUGCCGAUCUAAUUAGACUGUUGUGCUUCAAAUGACUAUCUCGUUAGAACUAGAAACCACGUAUGGGCUUUGCGGGCAGAUACUAGUUCGCAGUAACAAUCCUGGGAGCACUGGUACUAAGGCAUCUUUUAUAUGCUGAAGAAGUUACUCUAAUGGCCUUUAUAGGACCAAUGCUGAUUUUUUUUAAAAAGGUAGUUCUUAUUAUGUGGUGAAAUUUGUAAAUCAUAAUACAGAGGUCACCACCUAGAACUGGGUAUUCUUUGUAUAUUGUCAAAUAUUUUGCAAAGUAUAAAUUAGGAAUAAAAAGUUCCACAUGAUAUAUGUACAAAGUUUUCUAAGAUUAUCAUCUUGUACAGAAAAAUGCCAUGUCGGUAUAUUACUUACUCAUCUGCAAGUGAUUGGAUUAAAAAGCUCACUCUUCCUUACUAA